UCCUCCUCCUGGAGUCUCUGCGCCGCAGCUUCAGUGUGGGGCUGAAGCUGAGGGAGCGCAUUCUCUCCGGACUCUCAUGAGCCUCCAUCUCCAGCAACAUGCACCCAACCUCAACGGGCAUCCGCAUCCUGAUUCAAACCUAACCCGACGGGGGGGAAAAGUGUCAGCCUUCGCUCUCCACUGAGGUGACCCGUGCGUCAGGAUCUUUUGGUUUUUCCUUUUUUGAUUUUUGGUGUCGCCUCUCGUCCUCUUCCCUCCUCCUUCCAUCUCGGUCCACUUGGUUUUUCGAUCUGCACUCAUGAAUUCAGACAAAAAUGUGAACCUCGGCAGAGACAAGGCUCUCAUGCGGAAGAGAGCGCAGCUCCUUCGGAAAGGUUGCAGCUUCGAGAUUACCAGGAGUUCUGCCUCUGAGGACUUGGGCUGCAGGCGUGGAGACUUCAGCAGGAAACACUAUGGUUCAGUUGAGCUGUUGAUUUCCAGUGACGCAGACGGAGCCAUUCAGAGAGCAGGACGCUUCAGGGUGGAGAAUGGAUCAUCAGAUGAGACUUCACCCUACACUCCAGGAAGCUGGAGGAGAACAGAUGUCCAUUUGGAGAAUCCAGAGUACCACACCAGAUGGUUUUUCAAAUACUUUUUGGGAAAAGUCCAUCAGAACUAUGUGGGUACCGAUGCAGAGAAGAACCCUUUCUUUCUGUCCGUUGUUCUCUCGGAUCAGAACAAUCAGCGAGUCCCUCAGUAUAGAGCCAUCCUCUGGAGGAGAUCGGGCACGUUGAAGAUCAGCCUCCCCUACAGCCCUACCAAAACACUAUCAGUCAAGUCCAUCCUCAGUGCAAUGAACAUGGACAGGUUUGAGAGGGGCCCCAGGGAGAUCAUGAACCCAGAGAUUCAGAAGGAUCUGCUUGUGCUGGAAGAACAAGAGGGCUCUGUCAACUUUAAAUUUGGUGUGCUGUAUGCCAAAGAUGGACAGCUCACAGAUGACGAGAUGUUUAGCAAUGAGAUGGGGAGUGAGAACUUUGAGAAGUUCCUAACUCUGCUGGGUGAUACCAUUACACUGCAGGGGUGGGCAGGAUAUCGCGGAGGAUUAGACACCAAGAAUGACACUACAGGAAUCAAGUCCAUCUACACGGUUUAUCAAGGCCAUGAGCUCAUGUUUCAUGUGUCCACCAUGUUACCUUACUCUAAAGAGAACAAACAGCAGGUGGAGAGAAAGAGGCACAUUGGAAACGACAUUGUUACCAUAGUAUUCCAGGAGGGAGAUGACACGUCGUCAACCUUCAAACCCUCGAUGAUCAGAUCGCACUUCACCCAUAUCUUUGCAUUAGUUAAAUAUAAUAGCCAGAAUGACAGUUACAGGUUGAAGAUUUUCUCAGAAGAGAGCGUGCCUCUGUUUGGACCCCCUCUCCCAUCUCAACCUGUAUUUACUGAUCACCAAGAAUUCAGGGACUUUUUACUAGUCAAGUUAAUCAAUGGAGAAAAAGCCACACUGGAGACGCCAACGUUUGCGCAGAAGCGUCAGCGGACUCUUGACAUGUUGAUCCGCUCUCUUUACCAGGACCUAACUCCUGACCUGCACAAGGUUCCCUUCUCUCCCCAGAACAUGUUGAACCGGCGGUCCUUUAGCGACGUGCUGCCGGAGUCUCCAAAGUCGGCACGGAAAAAGGAGGAGGCGCGGCAGGCGGAAUUUGUUCGAAUAGGGCAGGCUCUGAAACUGAAGACCAUCGUAAGAGGAGAUGCACCCACAAGCCUCGUCACCACGGGGCUCUGCAGAAAAGAGCCAUGGGAGUCCCAAUCUUUCUGCAGUACAUUCCCUUAUGAGAUUGUGUGCGCUGACUCAUGGGGUCAGUCUCUGCUGGUCGCCACUGACACAGCAGGAGUUGUGCUCCUGGAAGGUCCUGAUCCCGCUCUGACCAGUGCUGAGACGCAGACUCUUCCUCCGGUGCCGGUGUUUGAUAAAACAAUGGCGGUGAAGCAGAUGCACGUUCUCGAGCCUCAAGACCUGUUGAUCACCAGAGCUGAUAAAGGAAAGGACGCUCGGCUUUACGUGUUCAAACUCGGCACAAUCAAGAGAAGCCUGGAGGAAAAGCAGCUCAUCAGGGGCAAAUGUGACUGCAGGGAGAACAAGCUGGAGAAAACAAAAGGUUGUCAUUUGUACUCUAUCAACACCCACCAUGGCUCAGAGCUGAGAAUAGUAGCAGCCAUCAGAACCAAACUUCUCCUUAUUACCAGGAAGCAUCCACGUUUCAGCGCUGUUGCCUCUGGAGCCGACUCCCCGGUGGAGGAGUUUCAGUACAUACGGGAGAUCUGUCUGUGUGACCCGCCGGUGGUGAUGGCGCUGGUGGAUGGUCCGACGGGGGAGAACGACAACAUGAUUUGUGUGGCCUAUAAACACCAGUUUGACCUGAUCAAUGAGAGCACUGGGGAUGCUUACCGGCUGCAUCAUGUAGACGCCAACAAGGUGAACUUUGUGGCAGCCAUCGACGUGUAUGAAGACGGGGAGGCAGGUCUGCUGCUGUGUUACAACUAUAUUUGUCAUUAUAAGAAAGUUUGUCCGUUCAACGGCUCCACACCGAUGAUGCAGUCCAACACCCCAGACUUCCACUUCAGCUGGAACCAGAUGCCCAAUGCUAUUGUUUGUGCUUUCCCGUAUAUUCUGGCCUUCACGACAGACUCCAUCGAGAUUCGGCUGGUGGUUAACGGGAACCUCGUGUACACCGCCGUGGUCCCUGAACUGCAGCUGGCCGCUUCACGGUCGGACAUCUAUUUUGUCUCGUCUGCUCCGGUCAGCUCGGCCUCCAACUGCAGUUCAAGAGACACCAGUUCCCAGAGUUCCCCUCAGACGCCCACGGGCUACGAGAUGCCGGUGUUUCCUUCGCCACUCGGUGAUGAUUCUAUACGGAUCCCCUAUGGUACCAAGCUUUCCCUGUACAUGUCUAAGGAUGCUGAAGGUGAGGUGACAUGUAAGCACAUCUUCAAGAUUCCUUUGUGUAACUUGGUGGGCCGGAGCAUCGAGAGACCCCUGAAGUCUCCACUGGUCAACAAAGUGCUCACAGCGCCGACCCCAGCUAUGGCGCCCCCAACACCGCUCAUCUCUGCCACUCACUCGCUGUCUUUGUCCCGCAUGGAGAUUAAAGAGAUAGCCAGCCGCACACGGAAGGAGCUGCUCGGCUUGACAGAGGAGCCGAGUGGAAAGUCGGACAGUGGAUCGGUCAAACACAGAAAGAUGAGCAAGAAGAACACAGAUGAGGAUCCCAAAGCACGAGUGCUAACAUCAGCAUACAGUGACAGCAGGCCAACAUCCGAAUCUUCCGGAGCAGACUCUGAUGUCCAGCUGCACUGUCCGUCCAGUCUGGAUGCCGAGCCGGAGAAGGCGCUGCUGCAAGAGGAGUGUCCGCCUCUCACAGAUGUGUUCACACUCCCAUCUACCUUUGAAGAAGAUGUCCUGGACUUAAAGUGAAGACAAUCCCAUUGUGCACUUCUCGACUCAUCCACUCCUGUACUGUCACUGUCAUGUUAUAGUUUUUGGCUUUGCUUCAGGUUGGUUUGUUCAUUUUUUCACCUGGUGUUUUUCUUAAUUUAAUGAACAUGCCAACGUCUCCCUGCUCAUUCGACAGGAAGGGUGCGGUGGGAGUUCAGAGAGAUUCCCGUGUUUUUGUGUGAGUGUGUGUGUUUGCUUUUGCGAGCAGUCCCCUUAACCUCUGUGCUGACUGCUUGUGUUGCCCUGUGGCAAUCCACCCAAAGAGGAAGUGAGCUUGCGGGAGCUGGUGUGGUGUCUUCAGAUGUCGUCAACAGUUUUCAGAGAACCACUUGACCCCAAACCACAAAGUGAAUGUAAAUCUGUCUCCCAGAAAACCACUGAAACCUGCGCGUCCACAACUACCUGUGAAGUCGCUCAAUGUGUGUCGUUCGUGAUUAUUUACAACCCACUUCCAAAUGUUGUACAAUAUGUGUAUGUGUACAUGCAACCGCAUCCAGAGGCAGGUGUACCGGCAUGUCUGGCCUGUGAGGCCUAUUUAUAGAAAUAUUAUAAAAAUCUGUUCGCUUAGUAAAAGUUUUGAUGCUCUCUGCACAUUUCAUGCUUCACCUUAUUGACACUAAACAGAUCAACAGGGCUGGAGGCUAAACCUCCCACAAGGGACAUUUCCCAGCAUUCUCUACGCAACUUGCUCUUAAAACAGCCGCCAUGAUCUUGCUUUGAUCUUAAUUUGAUCGAAACCUAUUUGGGAUUGCAGCGAAAACAUAUAGAUUAAUUAUCUGACUUUGGUUUUAUCCGAUAUCCCUCACUAUUCAGGACACUAUAUAGGGCAUUCGCCAUUUUGUCGGGUGUCUGAAUCUACUACUUCAAAAUCCAGAGGAAAGUCUCGAUGCUCACUCGAUUGUGAAUAUAAACCACAAUGCAUUGUGUUUGAACAAUUUGUCAUUUGAAAACAUUUUAGUACAUUUGGUUUUUUACAAAUAGUUUGCAUAAAAUGUUCCUUUUUAUUAGAAUACACUUUAGCAAUUGGAUAACAUCAUAUUUGGUGUUCAAAACAAAAAGGGAGUAGUGAGGGAAUUCAGACACAACCUUUAUAGGGCAGAGUAGACCUAAAAUCCCCAUGAUGCACUUCUGCAAAACUGUGCACUGAGCCACAAAACAGCUGAAACGAUGGGACCCACAGCAUGAGCAUGAAAAAACGCAGCAAACAAGUAUGUUGUGUUUGUGUUUGUGCCGACAUUUAGGUUGCAGCCAAUUAUACAAAAGUACAUGGUUCAAAAGCAUAUUUUUCCUAUACAUACCACAAAAGAAAGUAAGAACUAAAUUAUUUUUGUAAGACUCCUGUUUUAUAUCCUCAGACCCUCUUUGUGUUUUUCUCUAUUUUUUUCUUGUCUACAAAAAUUUUAAGAAAUAUUUCUGAUUGCUUCCGCUUGCUUUUGAGAAAAUAAAUACUGGAUUAUUGAAGUGGGCAAGCUCAGGUGGAACAACUUUUGUUAGUAUUUAUUAGACAGGACUGAUAUCUAGGUCAUUUCAACAAUUUAAACAUUUCAUGCUUACAAACCAGAGACUUCAAAGUUGACAUUUGCUAUAAUUUCCUAUUCAUCCUCUGUAGGGUAUCCUAUCCUGUUUGGCCUACAGGAUAAGACUGAACACUCAAGUUGAGCCACAGACCAACUAAAACUAUUUGCAAUCUGAGACCAGUUCAUCCUGAACAAGCAGGUGAAUUUAGGUAUCUUUUUUUUCUUUGUUUUUGGCUUUUUUGUGAUCCUCAGGAGUAGUGCACACUAGGCAUCAUUUCUUUGAACUGUGCACGAAAACAUUAAUUCCUCCCUACAAACUGCUAUAUUAUUAUUAUUAUAAGGACCAGAUUAUAGCUGUUAAAUUUUAUGAUACUACUUUGGGUGGAAGCAUGUAGAACCUUUGGUAAUUUUAUCAUCUGUACAUAAUUGGAGAGAAGACAGCAUUUUAUGUGCUUAUGUUGCUAGGAAGCAACGUUUUGGUCAGUCUUCUGGAGCACAAUGCGCUUUACAGUUGUUUCCACUUUGGUUUGAGUGUUUUUUAGCAGAUGAGACGUUGCUAAACUAAUGUUUGAGAUGGGAAGUUUGCUUAGCAAUCCCAUAUCAGUGAUGUUCAAACCAUGCUCUCACCCACUUCUGUAAGGCUGCCAUGAAAUAGUUCCACACCUGAGCACACAACAACUAGCUUACACUAGCCAAACAAAUCAUUCUGGGUGAGACUGUGAAAGUCUGAGCGUAAUUACACUCCAACAAUCCUUGGCAAACUGUUGGGAAAAAUGACUAAAACCUUACUGAUAUGUUUUAAUAAAAGUUCACAUUUCACUACAAAUCUACAGCUUCACAAAUAGAAAAUUUAGAUAAGAACAUACUGUACACAGACACGCGUCACAAAAGACAUUUUUAUUUGUCCCUUUCAAACCAAGAAUGUGGUUUCUUUGUGUGACAUACUGUCCUCUGUGAUGGUGUGAUCAUUAACUUUAGGAAGGCAAUGACCACCUGAGCCAAGAUGCUUGGUAAAAUAUCAAGUUGCGAUGCUAAUCUGGAUUGUGAGUGCACCCACGUGGUUUUGUAACACAGCAGCUCUCAGAUAUUGCAUGAGCUUCAUCUCACUUUCUCCCCUUUAAUUUGAUGUGACAUGUCUACCAACAGCAGAAUUUUGAAAAAGGGAAAAAGAUUAAAUAGGGACUUUUUUUUCCCCAAAAGCACUCCAAACACAAUGGAUUGUGGUAUUGCAGCUUCUCCUGCUUCUGUUGGUCCAAUACUUCAAGCAUUGAUGUUGAGAAAUUUUGAUUUCUACCUCCCUUUGGCAUUUUCACUGUUUUGUUUUUUGUAAUUGAAUCUAUAUUUCCUGUUAAGGUUGUUACUUAACCCUCUCUGUGAUAUCAAACUUAAAGAAGAAAAUAUAUAAAAAAACAAAACAAAAAAAAACACCAAGUGUCUUAAAAUAUUGUAUUGCCAUUGUUUUUAAUGCCAAGUAAUACUUGUAAAUGUUUGUGUAUCAAAUGUGGCCUCAAAUGAAACUAAACUAUAUUAUAUUAUUAAUAUUAUUUGAGCAGUUAUUUUAAACAAGUGCUGUAGACCACUGCUGUGAAAGUAGUUGAUUCUGUUCAUUGAUAUGUAAUAAAUAUUUAUUAAAUUUAAA